GUUAGCAGGGUACUUGCUAUAUAUAUAGCUAUAGCUAGUUAAUUUAUAUGCGAAUUAAUGCUUCGAUUAACUAUUUUUCUUGUCGAAGCACAGUGGCUCGAUUUACUAGAGAAUUUUGCGAGAGAAAACGAGUCGUGGAGUACCGAGACUAAUGUAGCGAUGUCCCUAGACGAUUAUUUGUCGUUUGCAUGGAAAAGUAUCGGAGGGAAAAUUUGCGUUUUCACACCGACCCCGUUUCUCGGGAUUAAAAUACCACAGGAAAUGUUUAAAUCCGCAGAGUUCGAUAGUUUGUCCGAAUAUACCGGUUUGGUUUGCAGACUUCUCAACGAUCUCAAGACUUUCAAGAAGGAAAGAGACGAAGGGACGCUAAACGGUGUGACUUUGCAAAUAGUUGGAGGCGUUUCGGAAGAGGAGGCGAUUUUGAAAGUCGAAGAAAUUAUUGAAUAUAAUCGGAGAAAAGUGUUGCAAAUGGUUUAUCGAAGAGAAGGAAGUAUUGUUCCGAGAGAAUGUAAAGAAUUAUUUUUGAAGACGAGCAAGAUGGCUUAUUGCGUAUAUCCGUACAAUGGUGGAGACGAAUAUUCGUCUCCGAAUCUCAUCAUGAAGGAUAUAAAGGCGAUGAUUUGGGAGCCCCUUGAGCUUCCUAAUCUUUCAACUUAAUUUUUUC